CGGCAGGCCCAGACCCCGGUCGCACCCGGGGCGGCUCCUGUGCUAACCUGGGGCUGCUGCGCUCCCGCCGCCGCCACCGCCACCUCCAAGCGCUCGCCUGACUCCCAGCUCGCGCCCCGCCCUCCCGCGUCCUCAGCCGGCUCGGCUUCCUGCCCGCCCAGACGCCGCUCCUCCCGAGCUCCGGAUCUCGGCUCCGCGGAGGGAGAGGAAAUGAGUGCGGCCGCGGCGCCGGCGCCCGAGCGCGGUUGGAAGAGCGAGAAAGUGGACGAGGCUCAGGCCCUGGCGCGGAGUUGCGCCGCCCGCAGACCCGACUUCCAGCCGUGCGACGGGCUCUCAAUCUGUGCCACGCACAGCCACGGCAAGUGCUUCAAGCUGCACUGGUGCUGUCACCUCGGAUGGUGUCACUGCAAAUACGUGUAUCAGCCGAUGACCCCUGUGGAACAGCUUCCGAGCACUGAGAUUCCCGCAAGGCCUCGGGAACCCACAAACACCAUUCAGAUCUCAGUCUCCCUCACUGAACACUUUUUGAAAUUCGCAUCUGUCUUCCAGCCUCCCCUCCCCCCUGAUUCACCAAGGUACUGUAUGAUCUCAGACCUCUUUAUUGACAACUAUCAGGUUAAAUGUAUUAAUGGGAAGAUGUGUUAUGUGCAGAAGCAGCCGGUGCCACAUUCCCACAAAAUUAGCCCCGAGGAGGUCUCUGCACACGAUGCCUUAAUAUCAAAAGAGAGCAAUAUGCCAAAAACAGACCACUGCUCUUCUCCCUCAAGUUCUGAGGACUCUGGAAUCAAUGCAGUCGGGGCUCACUAUGUGGAGUCGUGCGAUGAGGACACAGAAGAAGGAGCAGAACUGAGUUCAGAGGAAGAUUACAGUCCAGAGAGCAGCUGGGAGCCAGACGAGUGCACCCUUCUCUCCCCUUCGCAGUCUGAUCUGGAAGUGAUCGAAACAAUAGAAACCACCGUGUGAGCGUCCAGGCAGGAAGCCACGUCCUCUGAUCCAUGCUGAGCUUUUGAACUUCUGUCUGAUGGAUCUUUUUUCCAGUGCAGUCGAUGUUUUCUACCCCUAACAACCAUAUACCAGUUCAGUGGGCUGCUGAUUUAGCUUCACUUUUAAAUUAGUCUUAUAAUUAAGACAUUUUUUUCUUAUAAAUGGUUUUCUUUUGUAUCUUGACUUCCUUUUUAUGUAGCAUCUGGUGUCAUGAAUUGUGACCCAGCCUUAAUUUCACUGGGAACUUUGAAAGCAGUGAUGUGAUGAAGUGAUGAUCACAGAGCAUCACGGAUCAGGUUGAGGAGCUGCCCGGAGUGAAGGAGACACUAUU